CAUAGACAAAAAGGUGCACGGGAUGGAUGACUGGCGGGUAGGUAGGCGAGCGGCCAAGGUUUGGAUCACAACGGCGGCAUAUGUGUACGUGAUAGACUCCACUCACACAGCUUGAGAUUUCUUAGAGAUCAGGAACCAAGACACCGGAACCCGGGAAAGGGUCACUUGGUGAUUACUACCGGCUGAGAUUCCUCCCUUGCUUCCAAGUAAGGGACAAUCUCUCAUUCGCCUGCAACAUAUAGGAAGGAAUCAAAUGACCCGGUAUUAGGUUUCGGAUGCCCUUUAGAUUUGUUGACUUCCCACCAGUUGAGAUACUAUCUGGAGAUCCAAGAUAUUGGGGAUCAUAUGCACCAGCAACUGACUAGUCAGCCACAAGGCCGUCGGGAAAUCCAACCUCUUCCUCUUCCGAAGGAAUAAAGACCUACGGAAAGCCUCUUCAAUUUCCAGUUGAUGUGUCCCUGAACCUUCAUUACUACCCGACGGCAACUGGAAACACCAUUCUGUCUCCAAGAGAGGCACCAUCUGCACCCAUGCAAGGCUGAGCCACAGGGAACCCUGAGAAGCCAAAUCGAAGGCCCCAUCUGCGGGAGGCGGUGCAGCUCGGGAAAAGACUUGCUCAGUCUAACGAAAUAUUACCACUCAGAUUAACCACCAUGCCACGACUGGACUAACGAUUCUCUAGAGUACACCAAAUCAGAAAAUAUCCUGGCCGAUUUUCCUCUCCGAGCAGUGGUCUAUCGGCCUUCUCGAACAAGGAGGCUUCAAUCAGAUCCCGUCCCGUCAACCCCUCGGUUCCACUGACUGACUCCCCUCCCACCCCGCAGAGAGAGCCCGCCAGGCUGGGCAGAUGGCUAGGGUCACACAGCCUGCAGAAGGUUAGAUCCCCUGGCACAUGCGGUGGCCAGUCAAGGACCAACGCGGGAGACAAAAUAAGGCAUUUUCCGCUUUUGGUCUUGGGCCUUUUGGUGACCUCCCACGAGCUGAGCAUGUUGGGUAUGAGGGUACCCGGUAGAAAGAGGUACAUACAUAAUACAUAGCCAUAGUCAUCCCGACCUCUUUAUUUUCCUGCCGUGUGCUACUACUACUACUACUACUACUACUACUACUACUACUACUACUACUACCUACCUAGGUGUUCAUCCAGUAACCGCCAAUAACGCCGUUUCCACUUCAUCCCCGUAUCCAGUCGCCGGCGGGGCAGCUAAUCAUCGCUUGGCAACCCCUCGUCCACCACCUUCCCAGCCCAAUUGCUGCCAAGCCCGCUCCUUGUGCAUCUGCAUCUGCCUCUUAGGUACCGACGCACACCGUACGCUCUGCCUCAAGCGCCUGAAGGCUUGUCAGCUCCCCAGCUCCCCAGCUCCCCCCUCAGCCGCUCUCUACCGUCGCACGCGCCGCCCUCCUUCUCCUCGCUCUCGUCACUCUCUUCCUGCGAACUAAAACACAGCCAGGGGCUCAGGACGUGCCAACACGACAUACUGGCACUCGGACACCAAGUGACAUCUUCCAGAAAUUAAGGUUACUUGAAUCGUGCUGCCCGCAGCCACUUCAGAGCCAGAAGCCUCCUCCUACUUUUCCGCUUCUUGUUUUUUUGCCAAAGCUCGGCACCAUGAGCUGUAAGUCACCACCUCCAUGUCACCUUCAGCCAAGUUUCGCCAUGUCCUCUCGAGCUUCGUCUCGAACAUGCUCAAUCGCCUGCAUGGGCAACCUGAGAGCUAUGAUAAGAAGUCCAAAUAUCGUUUUGGGCGCACCCUAGGCGCGGGCACCUAUGGCAUCGUCAGGGAGGCCGAGGGCCCUGAUGGCAGGGUUGCUAUCAAGAUCAUCCUGAAGAAGAACGUGCGGGGCAACGAGCGCAUGGUCCUCGACGAGCUGGACAUGCUCCAACGUCUCAAGCACCCUCACAUCGUCAAGUUCGUUGACUGGUUCGAGUCGAGAGACAAGUACUAUAUCGUCACAGAACUUGCCACCGGUGGAGAGCUGUUCGACAGAAUUUGCCAACAGGGCAAGUUCACCGAGAAGGACGCCUCCCAAACCAUUAAGCAGGUCUUGGGCGCCGUCGACUAUCUCCACAAGAACAAUGUCGUUCACAGAGAUCUCAAACCCGAGAACUUGCUCUACCUCACUAAAGAGGCCGAUUCCGACCUCGUCCUCGCCGAUUUUGGCAUCGCAAAGAUGCUCGGCACCAAGGACGAGGUUCUCACCACCAUGGCUGGCUCUUUCGGGUAUGCCGCCCCCGAGGUCAUGCUCAAGCAGGGCCACGGCAAGCCUGUGGAUAUGUGGUCCCUGGGUAUCAUCACCUACACCCUCCUGUGCGGUUACUCGCCAUUCCGGUCCGAGAACCUCCAGGAUCUCAUCGACGAGUGCAGCGCCUGCCACGUCGUCUUCCACGACCGGUACUGGAAGGACGUCAGUGACGAUGCCAAGGAUUUCAUCCUGAAGCUGCUGAAGGCUAAGCCUGAAGACCGGUGGUCUAGCGAGCAAGCCCUCGCUCACCCCUGGCUCAGCGGCGAGAACGCCACCGACCACAACUUGCUGCCCGAGAUCAGCGCUUAUCUCACUCGCGCGCGCUUGCGCAGAGGCAUCGAGAUGGUCAAGCUGGCCAACCGCAUUGAGGCGCUCAAGAUGCAGGAAGAUGAUCCCGAUAAUUCGGACAUGCCAAAGGAUGCUACGUCAGCAGCGAACCAGACGCGUCAUUUCCAGUCGGGCAAGAAUGCUAACGAAGAGGGCAGCAGCGGCGGCGGCGGCAGCAGUGGAGAGAAAAAGGAGGGUGAGCAAGCAGUGGGGGAGAAGCGCACGUUGAGCAAGGCGAUCAAGGGGGCUAUUUUCCGUGAGGUUGUUAUGGCCAAGGUCAGGGAAAUGAAGGAGCAGGAGGAGACGUUGAAGGUUACUGGGGAGGCUACGGGGGAGGGGUCGAAGUAAAUAAUGAUGCUGAGAAUGUUGGGAGGGGGAGUGAUGAUACCAAAGUGGAGGGGAUAUACCGAUUGACACACGAAGCGUGCGUGGCAUAGCAGGACUUUUUUGGUUCUUUUUCCUUCUUGCAGGAGAAUUUUGAUCAGAGCAAGCCUGGUUAGUUGGUGCGUUGGUGGUGUUGGUACCUUUUUGUCGCGCUGUAAGAGGUCAGGUUGGUUAAAGGAGGAGGCAAUUUGAUGAUUUUUUUUUAUUUUAUUUUUUGGUUGCUCCAGGAGAGGGUUCAGUCAGUACCUGCCUCAAAUCAGCUGUAGGGUUCAUGAUAGUCAACUAUAGCCUAUGUUAUAUCCUCGAGGUACCUAUG